AUGCAUUCCCUGCACUUGGUCCUUGCUUUCUUCGGCCACGCGGCUAUCACCGCGGCCGUACCCCUCCAACCUCUCAGGGAUCUCGAACUCGACAAGAGGGCUGCCGGUGACCUCGACAUCAUCGAGAGAGCAUUGGCUCCCGUUUCUGACUCCCUCUCCAAUCUCGAUUCCGCAAUCCUAGCUCUGGAUGGCACCCCUGGCACGGCAGCCAACCUUCUCGCCUUCUCUCAACAAGCCCAGGUGGCCACCGACCAGGCCACGGUCCAAAUCCAGAGUGCCAACGACAUUGGCGCUUUCAGGGCUGCCCGGCUCCGCCGAACCACAGACAGCCUCAUCGAUCAGACGACAACCACAGUCAGUGACUUGGUGUCCCGCAAGCCCAUCCUUGACAACCUUGGGGUUAGCAAUGUAGCCUUGGAGUCACUCCAGAGGCAGAAGAUCUCUACCAUGGCCCUGACUGCCGCACUGGAGGAGAAGGUACCCAGAGUCGGUCAGAGAAUCGCAGCUGAAGGCAGAGCGCAGAUCGAGUCUGUGCUGGACCAGGGCAUCUCCGCCUACUCUACGCCUGCUGUUGCUGCUGCUCCUCCUCCCGCUGCCGCUCCGGUCCCCCCUGCUGCUGCUCCGGCUCCCCCUGCUGCUGCCCCGGCUCCCCCGGCAGCUGCCCCGGCUCCUCCAGCAGUUAACCCGGCCAACCCCAGUGGCAUCCCGCUCGCCUCUCCUGCUCCUCCCGCUGUAGCACCGACACCUCAACCCCCUGCUGUGCCAGCAGUCGGCGUUCCCCCCGCUCCUGUCCCCGCUCCUGCCCCCAACGUGCCUGCGGCUCCCAUGCCGGUACCAGUCCCGCCUCCUCAGGUCACUCCCCCUGCCGGCCGCAGGGACAAGAAGAAGAAGAAGAAGGCCAAUGCCAACAUCCUCGAGGUGGAGACGACGGAUGACACUGCCGAUCAUUGA